CGGCAUCAGUUGAAUUCAAACCGUCUAACCGUUAAAACGUUAGCCAGAAAAAAAAGUCUUAUCUAAACACUACUACCGAAAAGAACCGUUAAUAAGGAACAAUGGCAAGCCUACCGAUACUAUUGAGCCUCGCCGACGACCUGGGCCGCAUGUCCAUGGUGCCCUUCUACGAGCCCUACUACUGCCAGCGUCGCCGCGGCAAUCCCUACCUGUCGCUGGCCGGACCUAUGGAGCAACAGCUGCGCCAACUGGAGAAACAAUUGGGUGCAGGAGUUUCCUCGGGAGUUGUGCCGAAAGUGGGCAAGGACGGGUUCCAGGUGUCCAUGGACGUGGCCCACUUCAAGCCCAGUGAGCUGAGUGUCAAGGUGCAGGAUAGCUCUGUCUUGGUGGAGGGCAAGCAUGAGGAACGCGAGGACGAUCACGGCUACAUCACACGCCACUUCAUCCGGCGCUAUGCUCUGCCCGAAGGAUACGAUGCAGAGAAGGUGGCCUCCACCCUAUCAUCGGACGGCGUUCUAACCGUGAGCAUUCCCAAACCACCGGCUAUUGAAGACAAGGGAGCCGAGCGGGUUGUGCAGAUCCAGCAGGUGGGUCCCGCCCACCUCAACAUCAAGCAGAACGAGCAGCUGGAGCAGGACAACGGCACCGAAAAAUAAGUGGAGCAGCUCCCACCAUUUUAGAUUUAAUCUCAUAUUCAAAGACCAUAAUCUGUUUUAUAUGCUGUAGCUAUCCCUGGACACUCGCACUAGUUAUAAGGAGUGUCCUGCAGUAACCUGCAUUUAAAAAAAAAUACUGUAAUUUGCGUUGGUUUCCUAAGACUACCAAAUAUAUAAAUAAACACCUAAAAUAAACA